AUGUCGUCGGGAUCCAAUGGUGCCAGGCGCAUAGCGUCUGUUUUGCGGCCCUCGAUUGCCGACCCCAAAGUGUGCAGAAGUUGUCAAGAGACGCUUGUUCGCCGCAAUUAUUCCUCGGCCGCUGCACAGCCUUCUUCAGAAUCUACCUCUACCGCUACAACUACCUUCCCCGUCGUGAAGCCCGUCUACACAAUCAAUGCCGGCGUGGCCCUAUCCCGCCCCCCUCAGAUUACCCGCGACCUCUCACAAUUCGAGAAAGCAUACUAUUUCUACCAGAAGCGACUGAACGAGCGUUUGGCGCUUCCAUUUACCAAGUACUUUUACUUCAAGCGAGGAACGCCGGCGGACGAAGACUGGAAGCGUAAAAUCCGGGAGCGCCAGACGGCUGCGCGUGACAUCGGCAAAUACAAUGCGUACUCGAAGGACGCAUGGAACGAUGAACUUCUCGUCGGAGCCGUCGAGGCCGAACCGGAGCACCAGGUGGAGAUGCUUGUGCAGGAUGCGGAAGCUACAGUCAAUGCUACCUCCCAAGACACCAGCAAGAAGGAGGAGAUCCCCAGGCCAUUCCCCCGAGUAACGGAAGCGGAUCAGAAGAACGACCAGAGAAGCCUGAACCGGGCCCUUCAGAGGACACUCUAUCUUCUGGUUCAGACUAAGGAGGGGUACUGGAGGCUCCCCAGCUCUCCAGUGGAGCAGGAUGAAACUCUUCGACUGGCUGCUGAACGUACCCUUGCGCAGACUGCCGGCGUUAACAUGAACACCUGGAUGGUGGGCUUCCACCCCGUUGGGCACCACGUCUACAACUUCAGAUAUCCGAGGGUCGACAAGGCCAAUGGCACGGAGCAUCUGGGCGAGAAGACUUUCUUCAUGAAGGCUCGAAUUAUGGCCGGACAGGCUGAUCUGGCCGCCAACACGCAGAAUCUCCAGGACUUCAAGUGGCUGACCAAGGAGGAGAUUGCACCCUAUGUGCUGCCACAGUACUACAGCAACAUUAAGAACAUGUUGGCUGAGCGGUAG